CAGCGUUUGUAAGUUCCUCUGAGCCCCCACUACUGAGGUUGACGUUGGUAAUUGUCAGGGACUCCCCCGGCCGAGUGUUGAUCCUGGUGUAACCACGGUGACCGGUAGCAGGGUCGGUGGUGGUCCCGUAGUCUCUCAUCUUCUCACAGACAGUCUCCAGGAGCUCUGUCAUGUGUGUCUCACUACCUGCAUACCUCCUGGACUUGGCCGAUUGCUUCCCACUGGAGUCAACUCUGUAGCUCCCAGUCUGGUUUCAGAAAGACCCCCUGAGAAUACUGUGAGGGCUUCCACCACCAGCUCUCACUCACCUGGAUGGUCUUCUUGGGGUCCACCUUGUCCACCUCGUAGCUGAGUUCGUCCACCACCGCCUUGCAGGCUGCAGAACAAGGGAUAAACAGACUAGUACAGCCACUGAAACUCUGUACCUCCGCAGUACGCGGCCAAGUCCCUGCGACCUGAGACCUCCUGUAGUCCUGCCAGACAGCAGAAGACGACUGCACCAAUUACCAGAGGAGUCCUCAUCUCUCUACACGUAGAACAGACUGGUUUCGCGUAGAUGCGCAUGCGCACUGUCGUAAGAGCUUUCGCUAAAUUAGACAAUAACAAAUUGAAGGGCCUCCCCUUGACCACUUGACAGACCUGCGACUAUCUGCUCCCCAGAGGCGUUGAGAAGGCCAGCCAUGUCGCCCAAGUCACGGAAGAUUGCUAUUCUUGGCUUCAGAGCGGUUGGGAAAUCUUCUUUGGCUAUUCAGUUUGUGGAAGAUCAGUUUGUGGACUCCUACGACCCGACCAUAGAAAACAGUAAAUAUCCAUUUGAAAAGGUGGUUCAUUACCGAGGUCAGGAAUUCCACACUCAACUCAUCGACACCGCAGGACAGGAUGAAUAUUUCAUGAUACCUCAGAGCUACACAGUCGGAGUCCAUGGUUACAUUCUGGUGUACUCUGUCACCUCAAAGAAGAGUUUUGAGGUGGUGAAGAUCAUUCAUGAGAAGCUACUGGACCAGAUUGGGGGAGGAAACAAAGUCCCUCUCGUUCUCGUCGGUAAUAAGACAGACCUCCACCUUCAGAGGGUGAUACCAUCCGAGGCAGGUAGGAAGUUGGCUGGAGAAUGGAGUGCUUCGUUUGUAGAGAGCUCAGCCAAACAGAAUGAGGAGGUGGAUGUAAUAUUUCAAAGAGUUUUACAGGAGAUUGAGAAACAACAUGGGACUCAGGACGAUGGAGGGUGUGUCCUUCUGUGACCACACCCACUCACUAAUUGUGACCCUUGAUGUUCCGUUUUGUCCUUUCCAUUCACCAUUAUGCUCGCUCCGUGUUUUGUAUAUAUCAGCAAUUAAGUCACGUUGUUCACUUACAAAAUGUACUCUUGCACUCUAUUGUCAUGUCUAUAACAUCAAUGUGUAAUAUUGAAAGUUUUUAGGUGUGCACUAAUAAAAGUAGAGCAGUGACACAGUACACAAUGAGCAAUAGCUACUAUAAUAUCUUUACUCUAUAAUUUGUCACGACACAUUGUCCUAUCUCUUAUUGAAUCUGCUACACGAAGUUGACUGAUUGAGCCAAAGGGGCGUGGCAGGUGGGCGUGGUUACUGCUUCUCGACGUAGUUGGAGGGCAGCAUCCCAAACUGGCCAGUGCGCUGAACUCGGGCCUCCAUCCACCCGUCGUCAAUGACCUGGACCUCAAUCAUGACAUCCCCUGCACACACAGACAGAGAGAUGAAGAUUGAAAAAUAAUCUGUGGCCAGUACUCAACAUCGGAAUAAAAAUCUGCCCCCAUGGGGCCACGCACUGUGUACUGCUGACCUUCCAUGAACGAGACUUCGUC